AUGGCCUUAUCGCACCUGAAAUCAUCUUCAUCCAGAUCCAAUCUUCUCAAGCCUCUUGCCACCGCCUUUUCUCUCCGCCGUCCGAUCUCCACCUCAACUGAUCCACUCACAAUCGAGACCUCCGUUCCCUUCACCGCUCACAAAUGCGAUCCUCCAUCACGCACUGUCGAGACCAAUCCUCAAGAACUCCUCUCUUUUUUCCGAGACAUGGCCAGGAUGCGCCGUAUGGAGAUCGCCGCCGACUCACUCUACAAGGCCAAGCUCAUCCGCGGAUUCUGCCAUCUCUACGACGGUCAAGAAGCCGUGGCCGUUGGAAUGGAGGCUGCAAUUACCAAGAAGGACAGCAUCAUAACUGCCUACCGUGACCACUGCACGUUUCUCGGGAGAGGUGGGACCCUCUUGGAGGUAUUUUCGGAGCUGAUGGGACGACAGGCCGGUUGUUCGCAUGGGAAAGGUGGGUCCAUGCAUUUCUAUAAGAAGGAUAGUGGAUUUUAUGGAGGGCAUGGUAUUGUGGGAGCUCAAGUACCGUUAGGUUGUGGAUUGGCAUUUGCGCACAAGUAUAACAAGGACGACACCGUCGCCUUUGCUUUGUAUGGAGAUGGUGCUGCUAAUCAAGGACAGCUGUUCGAGGCCCUAAAUAUCUCUGCUCUAUGGGAUCUUCCUGCCAUCUUGGUCUGCGAGAAUAAUCAUUAUGGAAUGGGGACAGCGGAAUGGAGAGCUGCCAAGAAUCCAUCAUACUAUAAGCGUGGAGAUUAUGUUCCUGGCGUGAAGACUCUUGAUCUAGGAUUUUCUGAAGAAUUUUCUGGUCACUUGCCUGGAGAUAGUUUUGAAUAUGCUUUUCGUGCUUGGCUGGAAUCGGUCUUUUUGAAUGAAAUGAAAAUUGUAGAUGGCAUGGAUGCUCUUGCUGUGAAACAAGCAUGCAGAUUUGCAAAGGAUUACGCCUUAAAGAGUGGACCCAUUAUUCUUGAAAUGGAUACCUAUAGGUAUCAUGGUCACUCUAUGUCUGAUCCUGGGAGCACCUACCGUACCCGUGACGAGAUCAGUGGCGUGAGACAGGAACGUGAUCCAGUUGAAAGGAUAAGAAAGUUGAUAUUGGCCCAUGAUCUAGCUACUGAGAAAGAGCUAAAGGAUAUUGAAAAAGAAUUGAGAAAACAAGUAGAUGAUGCCAUUGCUCAAGCCAAGGAAAGUCCGAUGCCAGAACCUUCGGAACUUUUCACAAAUGUAUACGUGAAGGGUAUGGGAGUUGAGGCAUAUGGAGCUGAUAGGAAAGAAGUAAGAGCUGUGCUUCCCUAA